UCGUUAUUAUAGUUUUGGAUGCUGGAUCAUUGUUUUUUUUUUUAAAUUUCAAAUUUAUCUACAAUAACUACGUAAUGUUUUAUUGAAUCAUGCCACAAAGUAGUGAAGAUAAUUUCCCACCUUUUGGAUGAAGAUUACUUAUCUACAAAACAAUAAAAAUGGAAGACGAUUUGAUUCCACAUAUUUUAAUAGGCAGUAUUUUCUACAUUUUUGGCUUGAAAUGGUGCUGUGAGUAUGCCAAGUUCUGGGAAACUCCAAGAAGAUCCGAAGAAAUGGGUUCUUCAAAGUCUCGAAAAGUUGUGCGGAAAUGUGAAAAACUAUUUACAAAUCAUCCAAUCGAGGGUAGCCUCAAAUUAAUAGCAACCGCUAUCGGUUUGAUUGGCACAAUGGUGGGAGGUCUUCCCAAUGUCUUCCCAGUAAUCGUUUCUCCAAAAGUUGUCCAUGCAACAAUUUACUUGUUCUUCGCAUUCUCUGGCCUCAUUGACGUCUUGACAUUUUAUUUUCCUCGUAAUAUAACGAAAGGGCUUGCAAAUUUAGCCCUAGCUCAAAGUUUCUUCGUUGAGGGAUUUUUAUUUGUUUGGGCAAGUCCAGACUCAACUAUUGCCAGUGGAAUUCUCGCAGGAAUCGUCUGGACAACUGCAUUUACCGUCGGUGCAGAAUUGAUUUGGCCAGAUCUUAAGCUUUUGAGAGCAGCUACUACUCUGCUGCAUGGUGGAUGGAUAGCUCAUAUGGUUAGAGCAUUUAGGCCUGACAAAUUAGCAACUGAAAUUAUUGCACUUGCAUUUUCGUGGCACAUCGCUGCUGCAUUUGCCGUUACACUAAUUGUUGUUGCGACUGUGAGGAGUUGUGUGCCUACAAUAAACACUGACGAACCACCGGAGGUUCCAAUUUAUGACUACUGCAACGAACCACAUGAUAUGUAGUAGAAAAAAUGUGGCGAAUAACAAAACAAAAUUAUUCCUCCAUUCAAUGACUAAAAAUUAUUAAAUUAAAAACUUUUCUCACUUAAAACAAACUAAAAGCUUCCAUGACUGAUUUAUAAUAUAUAUAUAUAUAUAUAUAUAUAUAAGUAAAAAAAAUAUGCCUAUAUUCACUAAGCCAAUUGUUCUCUUACGUCUUAUAUCAAAUGUACGUAGAAUUUGUGCCAUUCGUAUUUUACUAUUUAU